AUGUCAGCUGUGUUUUAAUACAACAUUCCCUAUUCAUUCAUUGCGAGAUGCUCCAACAUAUCUGUCUGUAGACAAACUUGCUAAGAAACGAAACCUAGAAAGAAAGGAGAACCACUCAGCAAACAAAAAUGCCAGUCUCCACCCACUCAGUGUCAUAGUGGGAGUGAAACAGUUAGAACUGCUGUGUUGCUUUGAUAAACUCACCACUGUCGGAUCUGAGCCUGUCUGAACGACAAACAAGUAUCUCCUGUUUGGGAAAAUUGACUCGCUGGUGACAUUUCAGUCCACAAGAGGAAGAAGAAGUGCGUCUUCUACUUUAUUUCACUCUGAAUAACAUCCCAUCAAGUUUAACGGGACUUCCUGCAUCUGAGAACAUGUCUGACAACGCCCAGAAGGCUUCAACUAGCAUUCUGUGUGACAUGUGCACAGAGGAGGACAGGAAAGCAGCACGGAAGACCUGCAUGAAAUGUGAGAUCUCCAUGUGCGUCCAGCACCUGCAGGCCCACCUGACCACACCUGUGUUGCUGCAGACCCAUCCUCUGACUGAGCCCAUGGCUAUAGAUGGAAACACCAAAUGUCCUCAGCACGGCAAGCUUCUGGAGUACUACUGCCUGGAUGACAAGACCUGUGUUUGCGUCUCCUGCGCCAUUGAGGACCAGCACCGCCUACACAACAUGAAGACCUUCUCCACGGCCCACAAAGAGCUCCUGGAGAAGCUGAAAGCUGAGCAGGAGGCCUUACAGGUGAAAACCGAGGAUGACAACAUGAGUCUGGAGAAGUGGGAGAAGAGUGAACGAGAGAAGGUGGCCCGCUGCAGCGUGCGUCUCAUCGAGGCCGUGACUAAUCUGAGGGACGUUUCUCUGACCAGCGUCCAGAGUUCGGUCUCUGCUCGGAUGGUGUCCAUCAGAACCAGCAGGAGCAGCAUGGAGGCAGCCCAGAACGAGAAGGACACCUUCAGGUUCCUGCAGAUGUACUCUCAGGUAAACCAGGAUGUGGAGAAGGCCAAGGCCGUGGAUCUGAGGAAAGGCUUGGAGCCUGGCAGCCAUCGGGACAAACUGGUUCUGGAGAUUAGACAGAACGGGGAGAAGAUGGUGAACCAAGCGUCCAACUUUCUAGAAUCAUUGUUGUCCCUGGUUGAUCCAGAAAGCCAGCAGGACCUCAAUGCUUCUUCAGAUCUGAUCUUUGAGCCCCAGUCCUCCAACUGCAGCAUGUCUCUGUCCAAAGACAAAAGGACAGUUUUCUACAACAGCCACCUGGGUCAAUGUUCUGCCACUCUUCUAAUCCGCAGCACCCUGGCAGUUCCCACCUACAGGAGAUGGAUGCUCGGUCUCACUGAUGAGGCUGAUUGGAUGAUUGGUUUGUGUGACAAACAGUCUGCAGGAAACCUGAUGAAUGGACCGGUCUAUGGUCUGAGGUAUGAAAAUAAACGCCUGAGUUGUGUUACAAUUAAGUAUCAUGAUGGGCCUUAUGCUUCUUCCAAUUCAUCGGGUUUUGGGACGAAGAAAGCAACUAACACCACAACAGGGAAGCAACUUCAAGUUUGUGUCACAUCACUCACAUCUGAGAAAAAGGAUGGAGAUGAGGAGGACCAGCGACCUGAAAUGGUGGAAGUGUUUUGGGACUUUGUGGCCUCCAGACUCUCCUUCUUCAGCAGAAGUGGACAGUACCAGAGAAAGGCAAUAAUCACGAUUAAGAUGCUACCCAACAACUGGGAUCUAGUGCCUUUUGUUCACCUGGGGAAGGAAAAUGUUGAGAACACCUCCCAGCCUCAAAGAAAAUGCUCAUGUGGAAACAAUUCCCCAUUUUAUCAGACAAAUUGCUCCUACUGUGGAAAAAAGUUUAGUGACCCGUUCACUUCAGAAGUUGUUUGUGAGCUUUGCUAAACUGUUUGCAGUUUGCUCAUCCUUGGUUUUAAUACCAAUUGGUGAGUGAAACUGUAAUUAUUAUAACUAAUUGUUAUUUGUAAACAUAUUCU